ACCCACAGCAGCGCGGUAUGAUACCACCACCAAAACCAUCAUAACCCCCAUCCCCCCCCGCAAUGUCCUGGAAAGCCCCCUUCCUAGCAUCCCUCCAUUCCCGCGACACCCGCGAAAAAUCCCAUGACACCUUUAUCAGCGCCUACACCCGCCUCGCAAACCGCACCUCCAACCCCACCCCCGACUCAACCAACCCCCCAUCUCCGGAUCAGCAGCUAAUAGCCGACCUCUUGGAGGCGCAGACUUCAAAGGGACUGCUGCAAUCACAGCUUGCCGCCGCCCAAGCAGAGGUCGUGUUGCUGCAAGCGCAGGUCAAAGCCCUCGAGAAGAUGGCCCGGGAGAAGGAAAAGUUGGAAAGGAAGAAUGUGGACUUGGAGAGUGAGGGGCGAGAGAAGAGUCGGGCUAUUCAGGUUUUCACCCCCCUUCCUUUUGGUGAUGUCUGGACGGAGGGGAGUGGCGUAGGGCUGAUUAUGGCGGAUGGGCAGCAUUUACAGGACGAGAUGCUGGCGCUGACCAUGGAAUUGAACGUCCUGGCAGACAAGGAGCAAGCAACAAGGAAGGAGAACGAGGACCUGAUACAGCGGUGGAUGGACUUUGCGGAGACUCGGGCGGAAGUUAUGAAUCGUGCAUCUAACUGGGAAUAACAAUGACCGUAAUCAUAUCAACUUACUGUAUAUCAUUUAUGCAACAGCAGCAGCAGCAGCAUUCCCCUUCAUUAUCUCACUCCCGCCUUCACAACAGCUAAAUUAUUGUACAGUACAAACGUUAUUGGCGGAAAACGGGCUCAUAAGGGAGAAGGGUAUGAUUGGGGUAUAUUAGCACACGAGGAAUGCAUUAAAACAAAGCUAAACUAUCGCCUUCUGCGAUCAGAGCGAUCGGAAGCUAGAAACUCCCGAAGCAUGCUCCCGUCCACCGUCUGGACGUAAUACUUUCCCCCGGUAUCCGUCCAACUGACCGAGCCCGAAAAGUACUCCUUCUCCUCCACCCUCAACCGGCUGACCGGGUUUUCCGCAUUGCGCGUCGUGAUAACGUGGUUUGUUGGAACGAACGGCUUCAACGACAGGAUUUGAGCGCCCUCCUUGAGGUCCAGGAAGAGGUUCAAGAGCCGCUGGUUGAGCUCAGAGUCAAACACGUAGUUGUUCACUAGCACUACGUCCGCUCUCUUGAGUGCCUCAGCUAUUCGUGCGCUUUCCAAAAAAUCACCCUUCUCCAGCCUGAACUUUCCUGGGUUAAUCCCCCACAUGCGACACCGUGCCGCAAAUUCAACCUUUUGCUUAUCCGCCAGUCUCGUCGCAUUCUUCAUGAUUUCGCACCCGUAUGCUUCGCAUCCCGUCUCGAGCGCUGCGUGUAGCACAACAUUCCCCGUCCCACUACCAAGGUCGACAAACACCUUGCCAGGCCCUAGACCCGAUUCCCUAAACAGCUUGGUGGUGAAGUUGGGCAGAAGUUCGCCGUAAACAUUGCUGGUGAAAGCUUCGUAGUCUUUUAGCGACUCAACUUCGGGCGCGACAGUCCGAGCAUAUGCUUGUGACAGAAUAUGCUCCACAAGGGGGAACGGGAGAGAUUUCAUCCUUGCGAUGUUGGCCUUUAUAGUGCCGUCCCGGCGGUAUUUUGCUAUCAGGUUAUUGUAUUUGUUAAGGUUUUCGAGAAAGUCCUGGGCUUUCUCGCUACGGAUUGCCUUACGCAUGUUGUAAACUAUCCCGCCAGUGUUACUCGACAGAGUGCCCGUGAGUAGUUCGUCAGAUUCCGGAGGUGUCAGCAGGUAGGUUGCCACAUGCUCUGCUGUGCUAAGGAUAUCUAGAUCGGGUGAAAACUCGUCAGGUUCUGCCAGGCGAACAAGCUCGUAGCUAAAAGCAGUCAGCCUCAGAUUUAUACCAUAUGGAUCUGAGCUUAUUAUACCUCUCUAGAUCUGUCACUCCCGGGUAUUGAAGCUUGACCGAUAAUAGUUUCUGGUCAGUCUUUCGGAAAACUAAAUCCCACCAUCAGUGACAAAUUGAGAAAACGCAGUGGUUUCGAACUCAUACUCCGCGAUGGACCCUUCCCUCCUUCCUUCAUUUCCAUAUUUGCAAUCACCUUCGCAUGGACGAAACGACCCUCCUCGGGUUUCCGAGUGGGCGAAGCUCUGCGAAAGCUGGCCGGGUUCACCAGCUUCCUCCCGUUACCAACCACACCGUCUUCCUCGGAUUUCGUCCGUUUAACAGCUCUCCUCCCCCUCUCCCCAUCACUAAUCCCCUCCUCCUCCUCCCUAUCGUUAUCAUCAUCACUCGACUCCAAGCGCUGAGACAACGGCGACCUCGAUGACGACACAGCCCUUCUGCCCCUCGGCGAGGUCGUAGAUUCCGGACUUGGCGGCUUCAACAGAUCCGACGACGAGCAAGUUCUCUUGAUCGACUUCUCCCCAUCCACAUGUUUUCUCUUGAGAGAAACGGCGGAGGAAGCCCUGCUUCGGGGUCGGGAAUCCGGAACCUCCAGAGUUGCCCUUCCAGUUUUACUAUAUUCCCGAGACUUCUUGAUUCCGUUGGCGGGGCUAGAGCGGUCGGACGGCGGUUUGGGAGCUCGGACGGUCUUGACAACGUACUUUUCCUGAGCGAUGGGUUUUACGCCUGGCAAACUGAACUGGGAGAAGAAACUCAUCGUGUCAAGACCCCCAGCCCACACCGUCCGAACAAGAGCAGAACAGUAACGAAGACGUUGCUUAGGCAGUCGAGUCCGAUUAGUAGAUAUAAGGUGGUAGGAGCAGGAACCACCAGGGCGAGAAAACCUCAACCCAAUCCAGCCCCAGAUUUCAAACUUCCAAGACGAAACGGUGCCUCUAAGCCUCGAAGAAGCAAAGGUUGAUGAGGAGUUAGAUGUCGAGACGGAGGGGCUUUGCUGUAAAUGGUCCAGAGCCUCCAGGGUGUUCUCGAAGGAGAUUUUUCUUUAGAUCAGGGGAAUACCGGUAUCUCAAGGAGCGAAAAGUGAUGAGAUGAGGAUGAUCAGAUUCUCCCUUUUUUUCUUUUUUUUUUCACUCCUGGGCAAAUACUGUAGUAGGAACACGGUAUGAUACUGUACGACACAAACAAAGAAAAAAGUAUUUGUUUCAGGUUGAUUCGAAUUACCACAGAAUAAAGUGUAGUUCAACAAAAAAAAGAAAGGAGGGAGGAGGACUGCAGUUUAAGGAUAAAGGGGAUGGAGGGAACAAUUGAAAUGGAAGAAAAAUGUGCCGUAGUGACAGGGUGGAAGAAGGAAUGGAAGAAAGACUCAGUAGAAGCUUCGUGCGCGUGUGGAUUUCCUUUGGGUGUCCGUUAUUCUUCCCCUGUCAUGGAAGCAGAUGCAAGGGUUGUCGGUGCCAACCGCGCAUGUUUGGCGCCGGGGUAAACUCUUCUUUUUCCUUCCCAUUCCCUUCACAGCACAAACCGUACAUUACUAAACAGAAAUCUACCUCGAUAUGAUACUUGUACUGGAGUC